AUGGCUGCCAUUUGGUCACUAAUAGCAGUCUUCAUGGUUUUCAUCACCAUUCAUUCCUCAGUAGCCUUUCCGUAUCAGCUAAAGCUGCAAACCUCAACCAUCUCAGCUUCGCCUGCAUACCUGCCCAACCCUCCUCUAUCCUCCCCUUCUCCCUCUCUCUCUCCAGACAUUACUCCCCUGUUCCCUUCCCCCGUUGGCGUGCCACUUUCUCCAGCUGAGUCUUCACUGCCUACCAUUCCUUCUAGCCCCAGCCCCCCAAACCCAGACGCCGUAGCUACUCCAGUGCCUGGUUCUGCCUCUUCCCCAGCUGGGCAUCCGGAUUCUUCUGCAUUUUCUCUGAGUUCAUCUACACCUCUGGCUUCAGUUUUUUUUCUGUGUUUUCUGGCGUUUUGGUUAAUGCAGCUUUCUGGUAUGUGA